GCUAAAAUACCAGCUAUCUUCAAAGACAGCGGCUUCACACUUUGUGAACCCAAACUACAGUAAACAAACCCGUCCUACACAGCCGGCUCUAUUUUGACGCAUAUUAUUGGACGUUACUAUCUUGUCGAAGUUUCAGGCAGACCGCUGCCUUCCCUGAGGCUUUUGGGGGCUUGAAAAGUUCGCCUGACUCUGCGAAGCCGGUGGAGUAUGCGGCAAGGCUAUCUGCUAGUAGCCCUUGUGGCCACAGCGCUGCUGGUGGGGUGCGGGCACGCCGAGGAGAGCACAACAUCUGCGUCCUCGCCCGCACCCGCACCGAAGAUAGCGACCCAGACGAUUAGCUUUGCGCCGUCUGUGGAGGUUGCUAAUAACGAUGAUAUCGACCCAACGGGCAACUGCCUGAUGGAGAUUAAGAAGCACUGCGCGGACAUCGAGGUCGGCGAAGGGCGGAUUGCGGACUGUGUGAGCGACCUUAUUGCUGAGGCGGAGGUCCAGGAGGUGGAGCCGGAAGGGGACACUGACCCUGUGGAAGUCACGGACGCCUGCCGCGAGGAGGUGUACCAGUACAAAAUCAGCCGCAACUCGAACAUCAACCGCAACAUUCCGCUGGCCAAGGCGUGCAAGGUGGACGCGGACAAGCACUGCAACAUCACUUGGUUCUUCGGCUACAAGUCGGGCCAGAUCAUCUCCUGCCUGCGCGAGGUGAAGGAGCUGCUGGCGCCGGCCUGCUCCAAGCAGAUCUUCAAGCUGCAGUUGGACGCCGCCAUUGAUUUCCGCGCCGACCCGCAGCUGUACGAGAACUGCAAGGAGGACGCCUCCACGCUGUGCGAGGGCGUCAAGUUCGGAGGCGGCCGCGUGCAGGCCUGCCUGCGAGACCACCGCAUGCAGCUGUCGUGGGGGUGCGAGGAGCAGCUGUUCAGGCAGGAGCUGGAGGACUCGGACGACAUCCGCCUCAGCGUGCGACUGUACACGCGCUGCAUCCGCGAGAAGCGCAAGUUCUGCGGCGAGGUGGCGCCCGGCAGCGCGCGCGUGAAGGACUGCCUGGAGGCGCACCGCCACGACGACGGCUUCAGCGACGAGUGCCGCGGCGAGGUGGAGUCCAUGAUCGAGUCGCGCGUCCGCGACUUCCGCCUGGACUCGCGCCUGCGCACCACCUGCGAGUCCGACAUCUACAACAUGUGCGCCUUCUUCGGCGAUGUGGACACGCUGGACACGGAGGACACCUCGGUCAUCCGCUGCCUGCAGGACUACAUGAACGAGAUCACCAGCCCCUCCUGCCGCUCCAUGGUCCGCAAGUACAAGGAGCUGGCGGCGGAGGACAUCCGCUUCGACGUGCCGCUGGCGGAGGCGUGCUUCGAGGACCGCCAGCGCCUGUGCGCCACCGUGCCCCCGGGCUCUGCCCGCGUCAUUCGCUGCCUGACCAACGGCCGCGACAAGCUGUCGCCGCUCUGCCGCGCCACCCUGUUUGACGAGGAGAUCCGCUUCUCGGAGAACAUCGACUUCCAGUACCCUAUGCGGGUGGCUUGCGCCAAGGAGCUCAAGCUGUUCUGCAAGGACGUGCCGCACGGCGAGGCGCGCGCCAUCCGCUGCCUGCAGGACCACAAGGGGGACACGGACUUUGGCAGGGACUGUAAGAAGGAGAUCGAGUCCUAUGAGCACGAGUCCGCCUCCGACUACCGCCUCAACUACCGCCUCAGCAAGGCGUGCCGCGACGACAUCUCGGCGCUGUGCGCCAGCGUGUGCGCCGCCGAGGACGGCUCGACCUGCGGCGGCACCGUGCUGCGCUGCCUGACGGAGCGCAAGGACGAGAUCAAGAACGACGCCUGCGAGCAGGAGGUGCUGUACUUUGAGAAGAUGGAGGUGUCCAACUUCAACAACGACGUCAUCCUGGCCGCCGCCUGCCGCGAGGACGUGCAGAGACUCUGCCCUAACACCCAGCCCGGCGAGGGCCGCAUGCACGAGUGCCUGCGCGCGCACCGCUCCGAGCUGUCCGACACCUGCCGCAAGGAGGAGCUGCUGCUGGAGGAGCAGGAGGCCGAGAACGUGGAGCUGCGCCCCGGCCUGCUGCGCACCUGCCGCAGCGAGCGCCGCACCUUCUGCGGCUCCGUGCAGCCGGGCCAGGCGCGCGUGUUCCGCUGCCUGGCGGAGAAGAUGAGCGACCCCGACUUCGGCGAGAGCUGCCGCUCCGAGAUCAUCGACAAGCUGCAGCGCCGCCAGGCCAACUGGAAGCUGGACCCCACGCUGCGCAAGUCCUGCAAGUCGGCGGUGCAGCAGCUGUGCGCCGCCGAGGACAGCGCCGCCAGCGAGCAGGGCCUGGUGUACAAGUGCCUGGUGUCGCACUACAUGGACGUGGACGAGGGCUGCCAGAAGGAGCUGGGCCGCGCCGUGCACAUGGCCUUCUUCGUGUGGAAGGAGGGCGCCAUCCUCACCAGCGAGUGCGACGCCGACGUGAAGACGCUGUGCCUGGCCUCGCGCCCCAACAUGGCAACCACGCCCGGCGCCGUGGGCCAGUGCCUGGCCGCCAAGCUGGAGGAGGGCACCAAGUCCGGCACGGCGCUGCUGAGCGACAAGUGCCUGCCGCUGGUGGACGUGGCGGAGCCGCCCAACAUGAAGCAGGCGUUUGAGGCCGGCCUCACCGUGGCGCUGCUGCAGAGCCAGCUGUCGGCGGUGGAGAGCACCACCGGACUCACCAUGCUCAAGCGCGACACGCAGGGCAACGCGCAGGCGCUGACGCUGACUGGCUGGACGGCGCUGAUGGGCAUUGCCUCCAUGGUGCUGCUAGUGCUUUGGGGCGCCAACUAUGCCUGGCGCCAGUACCGCGGCAUCCCCGAUCAGUCCGACUACACGCUGGUCGUCAAGGGCAAGGGCCGCCGCUAAAAGCGCGCCUUUGCUAAGCUGCUUCAACGGAUGUGUGGCAGCACGUGUAGCAGCAGCAUGCAUAUGUCAAGCGUGGUUACAUGGAUGAGAGUGCGCAAGGGGGUGAAGGGGGUGGGCCCGUAUGCUGACGCAGGCCGCAGGUUGGACGGCAAGCGAUGACCGAUGGGGUCACGAGGUGUGAUGGGCUGAAGACGUGCGACGUGUGUUGCUUCGUGUGUGGCGCUGCAUGUGAUCGGGUUAAACUGAGUAGAAAGGCGGGAUACGUUAAAUGUGCGUAUGUGGAGGCUAAACAGCGGCGCUAGCAUGCGGAUGAAGGAACCUGUUUGUGACGUCGGGUUGUAGCGGGUCCUCUGCACGUCGGCACCAGGCACGAAGCCGGCCCUGGUGCCUGUCUGACCGGUAGCGGUUGUAUGUCCCAGUCUUGGACGUGCCAGCGUGCGCAAGUGCUCCUACUCUUGUAACAACAUACCUUG